AUUGUGCAGUGUUGAACAUCUGUUUAUAACUUUCAGAAUUAAAAUUAAAGAAGGAUUUAUUACUUUUUUUAUUAAAUUCGCAAUUGUGUAUUUUUAAAUAUAGUAUAUAAUCUGAUACCAGGCUUAAGAUAAAUACGGAGUGAUUGGGGACAUUCUUUUGGUUAAUGAUACCGGGCUUAAGAUAAAUACGGAGUGAUAGGGGAAAUUUUUUUGGUUAAUAAUUAUAUAUAGAGUGUUGCUGCUACAUAUUUACGCAACUAUUUAGUGAAUUUGAUAAACUUAGCAUUUUGCUAAGUUCUCAACAUUGACAUUUCAUUAAAAUAUUUCUAUGCCGUGUUAUAAACAACAGCUCUUUCCUUAAUAAAUUGCAGGAAUGUGAAAAGCUCUUUACAGUGACAGUAAGACAGUAAGACAGUACUAUUCUGAGAAAUCUUCAAAACUGAUUUGUGAGGAAAAAUUUUAGAGGUAUAGAAAAAAGCACAAAAAACUCACCAAAUGAGGUGAAAAGCAUUUUGCUAUAAACCAGCAGUUUUAUAAAUAUAAUAAAUGGACAACCAAGAAGAGACUUUAAAAUUCGAAAGAACAACUCAGGAGCAGCUGCAUUAUUACACAAUGUUCUGCAAGCAGCAUCCUGAAUUGCAACGAGGAAAGCGCACUUCGACCAAUCCUCAAGCACUGCAAAUGUUGUGGUCGGAGUUAGCAGAAACAUUAAAUGCCUUGAGAGGGCCAACACGCACAGCAACCAAAUGGAAGAAGACGUUAAUGCACUGGAAAAAUCAGUUGCGUUCCCGAGCUCGAAAAUUUAAAGCUCACGCAAAAAUUACUGGUGGAGACCACCCUAAACUUUCAAUAUUAAAAUUUGAGUAUAUAACGACGGACACAGUCCCUUCUGCUGCUCCAUCACCAUCACCAGUUUCAGCUCCAGUUCAUGAUUCAGCACCAGCUCCAUCUCCCUCCAAAACGGCGACAUCAUCUGCGUCAUCUCCUCCCAUCCUACCUUCUCCUGCACCAUCAAUUUCUACCUCAAUCGUUUCUGAAGCCCCCAAACCUACAAGAGUGCUUGGAGCAGUGCUAAAAAAAAUAGAUGCAAACAAGAGACGUGAGGAGCAGGUCAUUGCUCUACAACAAAAAAUUUUAGAGCAAAACAAGCAGUUGACGAGUGCUUUGGUGCAAAUGGCACGCGAGAGACGAAAAGAGCAACAAAAGGUCGCGAAGCAAAACCAACAAAUGACUAGAGCAUUGAGCCAAAUGACGCGAGCACUAACAGCAACGACAACGGUACUCAAUCAACUUGAAGAAAAAUUAAACAACUGAUCACAAUAAAUUGGCGCAUGUUUCAAGAGAAGAACCAUUUAAUUUUUUCUCAUCUAUAUGUUCUUAAAAUCAUAUGAAAUAUUCAUCAGAUCAUAUAUUUUUAAAAAAGUAUAUUUAAUAAAAUAACUGAAUUAUUUAAACAUACAAAUUUA